GCCGUUAGUGAGAACUGCGCUCUCUCUCACGGAAAUAGCCCGUCCUCGCCAGACCGGUCGGACCGCGUGUUUACGUCUGUGGCGAGGUCAGCGCUCAUCUCUGCGUGUGCCGUCUGCGACUGAAAGUGCAGAGUGAAGUGCAUCCAGACUAGGGCGAUAACCACAUCCACCAUAGCCGUGUCGGAAUUGAGGCCGCACCGGACGCUCCCUGUCAGUACGACCGACAGACGUUCUUCCAGAACGUAUCUCAGUGAAAUGUCGCCACUGUUGUGAGACACGCCUGCCGCAGUGUCAGUGUCAGUGUCAGUGUGUCGUCGGACUGACACGCACGUGCCGGCGGCGUCGCGAUCGAUCCGUCGGCGCCCUGUGAGCCGCGGGAGGCGUGGAUGGGCGUGCGUGAGUCAGUGUUCCUGAGAAGCGGCUGAGAGGAGGGUCGCGGAAGGCCGGACGGGACACGUUCUCGGCCAUGUCGGAUACCGAGCGGUCAGCAUCGGCGGCCGCUAUCGUGAGCGAUGCCGGCUCGGCGGGCGGCGCCGACGCCGAGCCGGUCCCCGAUCCGGGCACCCCCGGCUCCGGGGACUCCAUCGACACCAACAUGGUGCCACCCUACGAGCGAAACACCGACAUGACCGACGAGGAGCUCAAGCAGGCGCGCUCCAGCAGGAGCUGCAGCGUGGUGACCGGCCUCAGUCAGGCCAUGGCCGACUUUGACCCCUUCAGGAACCACCAACUGGACUUGAGAAAGGGCCUUCAUCAGGUGGCGCGGGAGGGCGACUCAGAGGCGAUGCGGCUGCUGCUGGACUCGCUGUUGAACCAGCCGCAGCGGCUGCAGCGCCGGUUGAACCAGCUCGACUCGGAGAGACUCUCGCCGCUGCACUACGCCGCGCGCUACAACCGACUCGAGACGGUCCGGCUGCUCAUCAAGUACGGAGCGCGCACCAACAUCCGCGGGGAGGACGGCCUCACGCCGCUCCACUACGCCGCCAGGUACCGUCGCCAGCUGCCAGUCGCCCAGGCGCCCGUCGAAGAACGGUUCUCCACAGCGACAGUGACGCCGCCGACUCCGCCCCCCGAGCAGGAGGAAACGGUCAUCGACGUCCUGGUGGAUAACGGCGCCGACGUCAACGCCAAGGACGUCUACGGACUGACGUCGCUUCACUACGCUGCCAUGCGCGGCAACGACCAAGCCGCGCAGCAGUUGCUGCAGUGCUCCAACGUGAACCCUGAGGCCAAGGACAACCAGCAGAUGACGCCGCUGCACAUGGCGGCCACCUACGGCUACCCGACGGUGACGGCGCUGCUGCUGAAGCUGGACGUGCCGCUGCGCUGUGUGGACGAGGAGCAACAGACGCCGCUGCACAGCGCCGCCAAGGGCGGACACUGCCGCAUCGUCAGCAUGCUCAUCAUGGCCGCCCGGGAGAGGUCGGGAGCGACGGUGGUCAAACAGAUGCUGGCUGACCGUGACCAGCGUCAGAACUCUGCUCUCCACCUGGCGGUGGAAAGCGGCAGUCUGUCCACUGUGGAACUGCUGGUGGAGACGGGCGCCGCCGAUGUGAAUGUCGUGAAUGACACGGGUGACUCGCCGCUGCACGGCGCUGUGGUGGGCGGGCAGCUGGACAUCGUCAAAAUGCUCGUCAGGCACCACGCCGCCAUCAACAUGCAGAACUUCCAGCACCAGACUCCGCUGCACCGAGCGGCAAUGUACAACCACAUCGACAUCAUCGAGUACCUCCUGAGCAGACGAGCUAACAUCGAGCGGCUGGACACGGACAAUUUCACGCCGCUGCUGCUGGCGGCUUCGGCGGGUCAUGCGCGAGCUGUCGAAACCCUUCUGCGGCACGGGGCGGACAUCAGUGCCACCGACAAGUACGACAUGACGGCUAUCAGCUGGUGCGCCAAAGAGAACAACGUUGGAGCGCUGGAGGUUCUAUUGCGUCACUGUCAAGCACCAGCACUAGUCGACUUCAGUGACAAGUACGACAACUCGCCACUCCACUUGGCGUGCCGCGAGGGCUAUCUGGCCAUUGCCCGUGCACUGCUCGACGCCGGCAGUCGGAUUGAUAACAAGAAUGAGGACGAGCAGACACCGCUACAUGUGGCUGCUAAAUACGGCCGGACGGCUGUGGUGAAGGAGCUGCUGCACCGCGACAACCUCAUCAUCACCGAUCAGGACGAACAGCAGAACACCGCGCUACACGUGGCCGCCCUCGAGGGACACCAGCUGGUGGUCGAGGCACUCAUCGAGGCAGGUGCCGCCGUGGUGGCCCGAAACGUGCAUCUCUGGACACCACUCGACUGCGCGUCGGCCAAGGGCUGGAAGAACACGGUUAAGAUCUUGUUGGCCAACGACUCUCCUGUGGACCCGGUGGACAAGUCCAAGACGACGCCGCUCCACCUGGCGGCCAGAGAAGGUCACCGCUCCGUGGUGAAGGUGCUCCUGGAGGCCGGAGCCCUGCUCAGUGCGCGAGACGGCAACGGAAAGGGCGCCCUCGAGCUGGCCAUUCUCAACGGCCACAGAGACGUCGUGUCGACAAUUCUGCAAUCGGACCAGUGGCGUGACGCGCUCAAUAACGUGACGCAGUCGGCACGUAACGUGCGCGUCACACCGAUCCGUCUGCUGAUCAAAAAGUACCCCGACCUGGCCGAGGAGGUGUUCAACAUGUGCACCAAAACCAAUGGCUUGGAGCUGAAUGACAAGAACCUGGCGGUGACGUUUGACUUUGAGUUCGUGGACGACACCUACUCCUCCGUGCAGCCACCGGAGGACGACACAGAGCUCAACGUCAGAGACGACACCUCGAAUGGCGCAGGUGACGCUCUCUACCACUACUCCUGCUACGCUGACGACGGCACGGUCAAGGACUCGGCCCACCCGUACACCAUGGACUCGACGGUCAGGAAGAACAACCACCCGCUGAUGAUCAUGGUCCGCGCCAAACGGGUGGCGCUGCUCGGCCACCCGCUUUGUCUGACGCUGUUGCACUUCAAGUGGCACCGGCUGGCGCGCUACCUCUACUACGUCAACCUGCUGCUCUACAUCACCUUCCUGACCUUCCUCACCGGCUACCUCAUCUCCACGCCGCCGCCGAACGCCUACACCGACAAAAUAGCGACAGCCGCUGACGCGAUGUCGGACUCUUCUGUCUCUGAAGCUCUCCCGAACAAGACGUUUGUGGCCUGUCCCGAGAUCCGCGCCUGGCUUCACGAGGAGCAAAACCUGUUCGCCAGCGUGGGCCGCUACGUGAUCACGGUGCUGGCCUGUCUGCAGCUGCUCAAGGAGCUGGGCCAGGUGUUCCAGGCUCGUCUUCACUAUUUUGGCUGGAACAACACUCUGGAGUGGACGUGCUACGUGUGCGCCCUGCUGCUGGUCUGGGACUUUGACGACUGCUCGCGGGACACCGGCGUCAGACAGCUGUGGCAGUGGAACGUCGGCGCGGCGGCCGUAUUUCUCGGCUGGAUGAACCUGCUGCUCUUCAUCCGCAAGUUCCCCGUGUUCGGGAUCUACGUCGUCAUGUUCACUGACGUCCUCUCCACGUUCAGCAAGUUCUCGGUCGUCUUCUUCCUCUUCAUCACGGCCUUCGCCAUCAGCUUCUUUGUCCUGCUUCAGAAUCAGGCGGAGUUUUCGUCUGUGGGAAAGUCGCUGCUGAAGACAGCCGUCAUGAUGAUUGGCGAGUUCGACUACAGCAACAUCUUCUUCGACGACUCGCAGACAGUGCCGUUCCCGGAGGUCACCUACACGCUAUUCGUCGCCUUCCUCAUCCUCAUGUCCAUCAUCAUCAUGAACUUGCUGGUGGGUCUGGCCGUCGACGACAUCAAGGCCGUCCAGGAGCAGGCGUCGCUGAAGCGGCUGGCGAUGACGGUGCAGCUGGUCCUAGACGUCGAGUCCAUCCUACCCGACUUCAUCCUGCGGAAGCUCACCGUACGCACUAUGACCAUCUACCCCAACCAGCGCAAGAAGAACUUCAUCGCCAAACUGUGGCGCGGCGACUUUGCCAUGAAGGAGGUGGCAGAAAAGAUGAUGGCCGACGCGGAGAAGGUUGGCGCUGACCUGGCGCAGGAGACCACCCUGCACCAGCUGCAGAGUCUGAAGACGGAGGUGCGCCUGCUGGCCGACCAGCUGCAGACCAUCCGCGCCAUGACAGAGGCGCUCAUCAGGAAGAACGACAUCGACUGGGAGGCCGAGGACCGCUACCAGUUCAACUGAACUGCCGAGGAUCGCUACCAGUUCAACUGAACUGCCGAGAGCCGUUGUAAGUUCAACGGAACUGCCGAGAGUCGUUAUAAGUUCAAUUGAACUGCCGAGAGCCGCUAUCAGUUCAACUGAACUGCCGAGAGCCGCUACCAGUUCAACGGAACUGCUGAGGACUAGUAGCGCUGGUCGACUUCAAAUGGAUUAUUAAGGUCAGGACAACCUCAUCUUCAAGACGUUCACGAAGCAACCAUACCAGGACAGCUCCCGUGGAGGCUGUUUCAUUCCUUUCUGCACCCGAUAAUCGGUUUGUUCCAUCCAGUACCGUUUUCCGCUUUAUUUAAUCACGUAUACUAAUACUAUCUGGAUCAGAUAGUUAUUAGUUUCUAAAUAGCUAGAUAUUAAUUUCUAGAUAACAUUUACAUCCGACUGCACACUACAUAUAAUGCAGUAAUCUAGUAUUGGACCAACUUCUGAUGUCACAUGUCAUGGUUUGAGACCUUUUAAAAAGCCUCAAACCAUGCCAAACCACCUUCUUGCGGUGCAAAAAAUCCCGAAAAGAAACCGUCUACCUUACACAGUAUUUGAUUAGAACUGAAUGACUUCAGAACGCCAAUUAUUAGGCUUCUAUUUGAGAGUAGCCGUUUUUCGGCUGCGAUGCGUUGUGCUGUUGUUUGUGGUGCCAGAUUCGUGUUGCCUUCGUGCUGUUUGUGACCUGGCUGGCUGGUGCCUGGUGAAGGUACUGCGCUGGUUCGCCGCGGCCAGUGAGAAGGGGCCUCGACUGUGCGGGCUCCGUGAUACGUUGUGUGAAGCGCCUUCCCAGUUUCACUGUUUUCUGCGCACAAUGUAGCUCUGCGAAGCCAGUAGGUUGAGAAAUGAAUGGUAGAUAGCUCCAGCAGUGCAUUUUGCGCAUUUGUAUACUUGCAUAUUUGUUCGAUGCCAGUGGUCGUGAGAUUCGCUUUUGAACGAUCAGUGAUUGUAUCUUUCUAAUAUUUAUGCCUUUAAAUAGGCGUAAUUCUGUUUAAAGGCAAGACAGACUCGACUAACAAAACUUUGUCAAGUUUAAGCCACAAGUUAUUUUUACCUGCCAACAGAUCAAUGUGAUGGACAUGUGGUCGCAUCGUUUACAACCAUAGUACAGGGGUUCCUUAGACUGGUAUAAUCGGGUGUUUUUAACACACAAUCACCGCUGACUUUUCACUUCUUCAGUUUCCCAUUUGAUAUUAACCACUUUGUUUUACCGAUGAACACCGUUGUUUGCGCAGUUUUAUCACAAAUGUGUCGGUUUUACGUCACUGAGUGCUACUAGUGUUGCUGAUGUUAAGACUUAGGACAUACCCGUUGGUGCUGCUGUAGGGAAGUCACCGGGUUUUAUUAUUGAGACCUGUGUGCAUUGUUUCAUGUGUUACAACUUUGCUAAGCGUCGGUGUGUAACUAUAUCAUGUAACAUCCUACUUCGGAAUUACGACCGUUUUGCCCUGUCUCAGAUUUCCGACUCGCAAUUGUUCUCUAUUCAUUAUAUUCCAUUCAUGCCGAUAACUCACCACAGGUUGCCCUUCCCGAAAUGUCAUCAUUUUUAUGCAUUUGCGUUGCCGCUAGCGGUCUGACAGGCUGGGUCCGCUUAUGUAAUACGGAAUGGCAUUAGCCGACUACCGCAAUCAUGGUGUUCUUUUGUUUCUUAUCACACCUUAGUGAAAGAGAUAUCGUGAACUUGAAUCGAACAUUGUGUUUUAGACUGAGUUUGUUUAUUUUGUUAAACUGAUAAUUGUUAUCCAUUACAUAAACCUGUCCUAAAUGACUGUCUUUGUCUUUUAGUUGCGUAUUUUACGCAGCUUAUUUUGUUCCCUUUCCGAUGCUUGACAUCCUGUCGAGCAUUCUAGUGGACCACCAACUCCUCCAUACCUGGUGCCUCGAAAACUCAUGUCUUGUAUGCCGUACUGAAUUUAUUUAAGGCGCCUUA